AAUCGGUUUCCUUGUAACUAUUUUACUAAUAAUUUUUGUUGACCGGUAGAGCUUUUAGAGUGCAUAAUUUUGUCAAAGUUUGUGAAAUGUUUGAAGUAGAAUUGAUAUCUGCAGACCACAAGGAUGUUAUUCACGAUGUAGCUUUUGAUUAUUAUGGACGCCGAAUGGCGACCUGUUCCAGUGACCAAACUGUGAAGGUCUGGGAUGAGGAUGAUAAAGGCAAUUGGACAGAAUCAAGCAACUGGAAAGCACAUGCUGGCUCGAUUUGGCGCAUAUCGUGGGCGCAUCCAGAGUUCGGUCAAGUUAUUGUCACAUGCUCAUUUGACCGCACGGCAUCUGUUUGGGAAGAAGUUGUUGGUGAGAAAGUUGCUUCUUUAAUGACACCCGCUCGCCGUUGGGUGCGACGAAUGACUCUUGCUGACUCUCGUACUAGUGUCACUGAUGUCAAAUUUGCGCCAAAGUACUUAGGCCUUUUGUUAGCUACUGCAUCGGCCGACGGCAUAAUUCGUAUUUAUGAGGCGCCAGAUAUAAUGAACCUCACUCAAUGGCCUGUCCUACAUGAAAUUGCGAACAAACUACCAUUGAGUUGCAUAUCUUGGAAUACUUCGACGUAUAUGCUAUCUUCGCAACUUUUAGCGGCUGGAAGUGACGAGACUGCUACGCACACGGGGAAGGUUUUCAUAUUCGCGUAUAGCGAAAGUGCUCGAAAGUGUGUAAAAAUUGAGACUAUAAAUGAAAUAACUCAACCAGUAACUGACUUGGCCUUCGCACCUAAUCCUGGUCGUACGUUUCAUAUGUUGGCAGUAGCUAGCAAGGAUCUGUAUAUUGUGAACAUGCGAGGCGUCACGUAA